CGCCAGUAAAGGCUGGUUGAAUCCACCAGUGCAUUCCAAUGAACCUUGUCGCCAUAAGAUUUUGGAUCUUGUUGGUGAUCUUUCCCUGUUUGCACGGUUUGGUAAUCAAGGGUUUCCAGUGGCUCACGUAAUUGUUUACAAGGGUGGGCAUGCACUGCAUACUGAAUUUGUGCGUCUCCUCGAUGAAUCAUUUAAGAGCUAACUUCGGUUAUGACUUGAAGGAAGUGAGGACAUCAGAUACACGGAUUUGACCACAUGCAGCCUCCUUGUGCUGGUAUUCUCAUGUUAUGAUUUACAUAGAGAGCAAGAUUUCUGACCAGAAUAGCAGUUUGAGAGAUGAAGCUUAUGGUUGGUGAAGUAGUUAAAAGAACAAAAAAGUUGAAACUUUUUCUGUAUUUUUAUUUUUGCAAACCCCAUCUACCUCCUCUAUAUGUAUGAUGAUGGGCUGUGCUGUUCUGAAGAUUGGGAAAAAAAAAACACGAGAAGACCAUUAAUUGAAUACUAACCAGCUCUAAGGGUUUGUCUGGGCUAAAUCUAAAUCAACAACUUGUUGAACUCAAUAAUUAAGGAGUGUUAUUAAGAAUUUAUUGUUGAAUAAUUAAAAUUGUUUGGCAAAUGAGAUAUUUGAAUAA